UUGCAUGCAUUUUCAUUUGCAAUACACCAAGUGGCCGCUAGGGGUCAGCGCCGGUAAGAAAGAACGAACAGUUGCAGGCUGAAGGCGGGAGGAAGAAGAAGAAGAAGAAGAAGCAGAAGAAGAAGAAGAAGCGAAAGAUAGCAACAGCUAAUGCUAACUAGCAGUUGAUGUUAAAAAAUGUAACGUUCCUAUUUAUUUUGAUAUUUCUUUUCUUCUAACAGAGCUCAGUUGGAGCACAUAAAUCUCUCGUCUGAUUCUAUAAAGACAGAUCAGGGUAACACUCGUCCGUCUGUGUUUAUAAAGCGCUUAAGGGAGUAGUUUGGAUUUUUUUUUUCGUGUUUGCGUCUCUGCUUCCAUCAGUGCAGUGUUUGUAGGAAGCAGCAGCCAUGGCAGCUCCGGUAAAUAUCCAGACUCCCAGUAAGACCUGGGAGCUGAGUCUCUACGAGCUGCACAGGAGCCCACAGGAGGCCAUCGUAGACGGGACUGAGGUGGCGGUGUCUCCUCGCUCGCUGCACAGCGAGCUGAUGUGUCCCAUCUGUCUAGACAUGCUGAAGAACACGAUGACAACCAAAGAGUGUCUGCACCGCUUUUGUUCUGACUGCAUCGUCACCGCGCUGCGCUCCGGGAACAAAGAAUGCCCCACCUGCAGGAAGAAGUUGGUCUCCAGACGUUCGCUGCGCAGAGACUCGAACUUCGACGCGCUCAUCUCUAAGAUCUACCCGAGUCGUGACGAGUACGAGGCUCAUCAGCGCAGCGUCCUGGAGCGUCUCAACAGGUUGCACAACAAGGAAGCUCUGAGCUCCAGCAUCGAGGAGGGGCUCCGCCAGCAGGCCCGCUACAGGAACCACCGGGUGAAAAAACCCACUCAAGAAAGUGACAACACCACCUUCAGCGGUGGCGAGGAUAAUGGCGACUCCCGCUCACACCUGUCCCAUGACUCAGCCCCGUCCAACACGCCCCACCCCAGCGGUCAAACGCCCCCAGAGGCUGGGCCGAGCCGCAAGCGGCAGCGAGCCUCCGACGACGGCUCGGGCCCCGAGGCGGACAGCGGGAGCCCAACUCCCCCUUUGAGACGCAACAAGGAGAGGCCGGCCUCCGAGAUCGAGCUGGUGUUCAGACCCCACCCUCAGCUGGUCCAUGCUCAGGACUACAACCAGACCAGAUACGUGAAGACAACGGCCAACGCCACGGUGGACCACCUGUCCAAAUACCUCGCGCUACGCAUCGCUCUCGAGGACAGACGGACUGACGGAGACGCCGAGGAUAGAGGACGAGACGAGGAAAUGGGGGGACAGGGAGGAGCAGAGGGAGGGGGUGAGACCGGAGGAGCGUCGAGGAGCGAGGGGGCCAGUCUGAGUAACAUUAGUGAGAAACAAUACACCAUCUACAUCACAACGAGGGGAGGACAGUUCUCAACCCUCAAUGGUUCUCUGACUCUGGAGUUGGUCAACGAGAAAUACUGGAAGGUCCGGAAGCCUUUGGAGCUCUACUACGCUCCCACCAAAGACCAGCAGCAACCUCAAGCAGCGCAGCAGCUGCCACAGCAGCAGCAGCUGCCUCCCCAACAGGAGGGAUGAGGAGGGGGGGGCUACAAACUGCUUCUCUCCAAUCCACCUCAACUAUUUAUACUCAUUGUCUCAGCUGCAGCAAGAACAGCAUCAGCCUGUUUGUUAUUAACUGUAACAUUAAAUUAUACUUUGUGCUUUUUUUGUGGAGACAUUUGUUCUGAAUUAAAAGAAUUUAUUAGGAGUGGAUAAAACAAAUACCCAUGACUGAAAGGUGGUAUACUUCAUAAAAUAAAAAUUAUGACUUUAUUUCAAGACUUUGUUGUAUUUUCUGAUUUUUAG